AUGUCCGGAACUCUCAGAGCAAAGGUGCUUCAAAGCUUUAAAAACAUACACAAAACAAGAAAAAAUAUAUUUAAUGGUGAUAUACUCGCUUUAACGGAGGCUAGAAACAAAAUCAAUGAAGAAUACAAAAAAUGUAAACAUGUUUCUGAUCCAGUAGCUAUUGAAGAAUUGGUUAAGUAUUCAGAGGAGGUAGAAAAGGAAUUAAGAACUACGGUAAUACAAGCAAAAGAAGUAAAACCUGGCGUUUUCGAAGCUAAAAUAAGAGAUGAAACUGUAAAAUUGGAGAAUGUUCCUUUUAAUGAAUGUGCUAGUAAACAGAACAAUUAA